CUGCCGGUGUACGCGUUUGUGACGCUGGGGUGCUACGCGGUGGGCGCGCUGGGGUACGGGCUCAUGCGCUUCCCCACCUGCCCGCACGAGGGCGCGCUGCUGCGCCAGGACAUAGUGGAAGCCAAGGAGUAUCUCUCAAAGCACGGCCUGCAAUAG